CGUAGCUUGUGGCAAAUUGCGUCGACAGGUCAUUCUGAUGAUACUAUCCUGAGUAAAAGAGCCCAUGGACAAGAUGAAAGGCCAUCAGAGAGAGCCAAUAUUCAAACGACUGAAGUUUCACCUAAGAAGAAAAGCGGACCGAAAAGGAAGAUGGAUAAUGCAAACGAAAAGACGCAGCGAGUGCGUGAGAAAGCAAGGAAUUGGUACCACAGAAUUUCGCAAAAAGGACUUAAAGAAGCUAAAGGAAAAGUAUCACCAGAAACCUAUGAAAGAUUAAGAGAUGCUGGAGAAUAUCGAAAUGCAAGGGUACGAGUAUAUCAAAAAGCACAACGCAAAGCACGUAAGGAACGAUUGGCGACAGGCAAGGCAAAUGCAGCGGAUUUACGUGCGGUAGCAAAAGCGAGAGAAUACGCAGAUUUACGAGCGUUGAAAAGGCGUAAAAAGAAUAUAGAACAACCUGAGCCUCUUUUGACAGAUUCACAACAAUCGGCCUUACAGAUGGACCUCGGACGUGCGAAUAGAAUUGCACUUGAACAAAUUCCAACGACAUUCCAACCACACAAGCAAGCUAAUAAAGAUAUGCAAAAGUCUAGUCCAGAUAGAGAACAAUGAAGCAAACGGUUACAUUCACUGAUCAGACAUUGAAUAUGGUAGUAGCAAUUCAUAGCAUCGACAUGAGAAAGAAAAAAGAAAAUGUAUGCGAG